GCAAAGGUAUAGGUGAGCAAACCAGCUGAUGCUCUUUACUGGGAUAACAGUUCGUAGGAAUAGAGCUGAUUCGUGAUUGGCGGGGAGACAGAUCAUUGCACUUUCUUUUCCCCCUGCAAGCUCCUUAUGUUCACCGUGUGUGCGUGCAGUGAGCAAGGCGAAAGACUUCCGUCAUUCUUGUUUUCAAUGACAGCGAAAUAUUUUACUUUCUAACAAUUCAAGGCAUAUAACGGGAUAUAACAUCAAAAAGCAAACAUGACGAUACGGUCAAAUCGAGAUCAUGCACAGCAUUAUCGGCCUCGAAUGACAUGCCUCAAAAAGGUGGAGGCCUUGGUUGUGGAGAUGCAGGAUUCCAAAAGUGGGGUGACGGCAACAGAGCAGAAGCUCAACGUCACCACCAUCCCCCAUGUGAUGACAGGUCAGGAUAUUCUGGCAUGGAUUGCUAACAAAAUGAAAAUGGACGCUGAAGAGGCCCAGGCUCUUGGCACUAUGCUGGUGGCAUAUGGCUACAUUUACCCUCUGCAGGACCACAAGAAACUGAUCCUCAAACCCGAUGGCAGCUUCUUCCGUUUCCAGACUCCGUAUUUCUGGCCGGUACAGAAGUGGCAAGCUGAAGAUAUAGAUUAUGCAAUUUACCUGGCCAAGAGGAAUAUGCGCAAAAAGGGGACACUGGAGGUGUACGAACAGGCACGCUACAAUGAGUUCCACAAAUGGCUGAACCCCAAAUGGGAUUUCAUCGUGAUGCAGGCUACGGAGCAAUACAGGGCCAACAAGCAGCGACAGAAAGCCGACCGUGUGGUGUUUGAUUGUCAGGAGCGAGCCUACUGGAUUGUACAGCGACCACCACCAAGAGCUCACAGUGCCCUGGACUGCAUGGACCGCCUGGUUGAUCCUAAUGAUGAGACACGAACCUAUGACCACUACAGAAGGACUACCAUCUACCUGCAGCAGGCCAUGGCGAGGUCAAGGGUCAAGUCAACAGUGUCUCUGGGAGCUCUUGUCAAGUACAUUAACACAUACAAGAACCAUGACCCCUUCCUGGCGCCCUGCACUCCCAGCAACCCUUGGCUGAGCGAAGAUGACACUUACUGGGAGCUGAACCUGCCAACUGUGGAAGUUCCUACUAAAAUGCGUGUGGAGCGUUGGUCCUUCAGUCUCAUGGACCUGUUUAACGACCCACGAGGUCGCAAGGACUUCAAGCUCUUCCUGAAGAAGGAGUUCAGUGGUGAGAACAUGGCCUUCUGGGAAGCUGCAGAGGACAUGGUGUGGGGAUCGGCUGCCUCCAUGGCCGACCAGUCCCAGACCAUUUUCAAGACUUUCCUGAUUCCUGGAGCUCCUCGCUGGAUCAACAUUGACGGCAGGACCAUGGGCCUAACCGUGAAGGGUCUGGAACACCCGCACAGAUACGUCCUGGAUGCCGCUCAGACCCACGUCUUCCUGCUAAUGAAGAAGGAUACUUUUUUCCGAUACCUAAAAUCACCUGUUUACAAGGAUAUGCAGAAGAGAGCAAUCGUACCGCCGUUACAUAACUACAGUGAUGCCCAGGUGGAGCAGAACGCCAGGAACCGCAGGCCGGGCACCGACCCAAUCCUCAUUUGGCAACAAUUGGAGACGGAGCGCAAGGCAGCAGACUUGGCGGGGAAGCCCGUGGACAUCAGUACGAUCAAAAACAAGAUUGACCGCAAGUAAACCGACGGCCCACCAUCCCCAAAGACGGAGACGAGAAGAGGGAAACGCAGUAUUUAUCUGAACACCCAUAUGAGAUUCAACCAGCCGGGAAGAUAUCACUUCUGUUAGAACAGCACAGGAAAGCCCAUCAGGUGGCCUGUGAAAACUGGUCAAGGCAGUGUAUGAACAUGAGGUGGGUUUUAGAGCAGGAAUGUACGGUAGACUCUGAUGGAUUGAGGAGGGCAUUCAUGUUUUAGUUUUUUUUCUCUAGGAGGUCUCUUAAUAGAGAGAUAAUUAUAAUGAGGUCAUGGUACCACUAACAAAAUCUAAGAUAGAUAGUAUUUAGCACAGGUAAUCUUCUUUACUGGUUGCAUUCAUCUUUUUAUCUUGGAGCAAAUUACAGUUGUAUUUAACACCUGUUCACCUUUCACCCAUCACUAAGGCAAAUGUUUGUCGUCUGGAGUUUAUUGUGUGUGCUUGUUUUGUGCAAUUUGUCUGUGUGUGUGAGAGAGAGUGUGAGUGAAAGAGUGAGGUGAAUGAAUUUAAUUUACUUUUUUGUCUGUCAACACAAUAUCCUAUGUAAAUACAAGAUCUGUUCGGUUACACAAUAAAGUCCACAAACCAAA